CCACAAACAACUUUAGAACCGCAGCAUCGUCAUCACAGCACACGAGAGCACGUGGCUUACUACACACUUAUUGCUGGGAUUGCCUGUUGUGGAGUGUGGACCAACUGCGAAGGCUCAUCAGCCAUGACGAUUGCGAUAUGACCGGCUGGCUGGCUUGCUGGCCGGCUGAGCCCUGUUAUCGUCGCGUUCCUGAAGCACACGCAGACACUUGAUCUGGGAAGAGGACCCUGGCUGUGGACAAGACCUCAUAGGGCACUAUCGAAAGCCAAAAUGGGUGCAAUCUCGAAGGAUUCCUUGCAUGGAAUCCGGAUAUCCCUGCCGAGGCGGCUGCCGAACCCUGGCCAGCUCCCACAGGACUAGGCUGGGGCGCACCCGAGUUGUCGGGAGCCCACAAAAUAAAUAGGCUGACCGCCAUAGCUGAGCAGAGCUGAGCCGAGCUGUUGUUUGCCGAUGCUCUGCGACUCGCGAGUCUGUGCUGUCACCGACGACGAAGCUCUCCCGCAGCACGCCCGCGAUAAUCUCCGGGCUCCAGCUGCAGGGCUGCCGGGGCUUGCCGGCCGUUUUUGUUGCUGCCCAGUGGUUUUGUCGAGCUCGUAUCCAGAACGAGGCUGCGGAUCUGCCGGGCGGGCAUUUUGAGGUCACAGUCCGGGGCUCUCCACUCUUGCCUCUGCGCGAGUCUCGGUGUACCGAAGUCGGAUUAAUAGUCGUAUCCUGCAUCGCAUAACAAAUGUUGUUCUCUGGUGUAAACAGUCAGGUCGGUCAGUCAGUCAGUCAGUCAGUCAGUCGCAGACAAUCCCAACUGGAUUGGGGCGUCUCGCAGGCGUGGCAUACAGGCCCAAGGAGACCCUAUCACAGUACAGUAGUGACGUCGUGAUUGGCGAAACCCCCAAACUUUUCUCCAACGCUGCAUGCCUUUGAACUUCCUUCAGCCCGCCAGCCGCGCAGGAUCGCCACUGCCUUGUCCGGUUUGGGUAACGUGGCUCACCAGACAGCUGCUCAGCUGCUGUGUGUACAACACAACGCGCUGCCCGCUGUGCUGCCCGCUGUGCUGCCCGCAAAAGUGCCCUGCUUCCCGUGCUAAGGGCGGGAGAGCCAUGAAUGCAGUACGGAGUACACACAAUCAACCCGUCACCCCUUCGCUCAACCGGUCGCACCAUCACACCGCGGCCCCGCCUUCCCUCAUCCCAUGUCUUGCUCCCAUCCAUCCGUUGUCCCCGACAUGAGGCUCACGUAGUCUGUCUCCAACCACCAAGGUGUGUCCUGUCUUACGUGGCAAGUCGUCAUGGACACCCUCCCGGCCCACCAGGCCCGGUCAACUCCUCCGGGUCGCCCGACCUCCCCCCGUGCGACCACCACCUCCUUCUCGCCGCCCUCCACCUUCGACUCCACGUCUGCCUCUGCGGCUGGUCCCCCAGGGCACACCUUCCGCCGUUCAAUGACCAUGGACGAGGUCUCGCGGCUCCGCGGCGGUGCCUCCCUGGCCUCCCCCCUCUCAUCCGAGCAUCUCGAGUCGCCCCCCGGCGGCCCCCAGCGACGCAGCUCGACCUUCUCCGACUUUAGCUUAUCCGAAGCUCGGCGCUCCAUGCGAGAUGGCACCCAAGAUAUUCUGAACCCAAGUGGGGUGAGGCAUGACAUGGCCCAGGACAGCUCCGGUGCCCUGGCCAACUUGCCCAUGGCCUUUGCACUGCUGCCGGCACUUGUUGGGGUGCUCUUCGAGGGUGGGAACCAGCUCAUCACCGAUAUCAUGCUGCUGGGCCUGGUCUUCAUCUUUCUUCGAUAUACAGUCACACAGCCAUGGCGGUGGUAUCACACGGCCCAGGAGAUACGCAUCAGGCAGGAGGUUGGGCUGGAGCACGUGUCUGAUGAUGAGAGUGAGCUGGACAUGGCCCCGAGCAAGAGGGGCUCGGUCGUGACGCUCGACCAUGUCCCCGAGGAGUCUCUACAGGAUGACCAACAGCCCCCCAGGCCGAGGCACCAGGACCCAGAGACGCGGAGGAAACUGGAGGGGAUGUCGUCUCCGCACCAGCCCACUCGCACCAAGUCCCAGGAGGCAGCUGUCAAUGAGCUUUACGUCCAUGAGGUCCUUGCCCUCUUGUCCUGCUUCCUUAGCCCUGUUAUUGGCGCAUACCUUCUCCAUGCUAUCCGCAACCAGCUGAGCCGGCCCUCGGAAGGCCUCCUUACCAACUUCAACAUCUCAGUGUUUCUGCUUGCAGCUGAGCUUCGCCCUCUAUCCCACGCCCUCAAGCUCAUCCAGGCCCGGACCCUGCAUCUGCAAAGGAUAGUCAGGCUCACACCCACCCCCCCCUCGACGACAGCUCUGCUCGAGGAGAUGCGUGUCCGCGUCGCGCAACUCGAGCUCCGUGCCGAGGCCGCCGAGGCAGUGACCGCACAAUCCCUCGAAAUCUCGGCCCAGCGCCAGCAACAACAGCAGAACAGCAGCCUGAAGCAAGGCCCGGCACUCGUCAGGGAAGUCCGCAACGCGAUCCAGCCCGAGUUGGACGCGUUGAACCGUGCGGUCAGGCGGUACGAGAAGAAGGCCACAGUCUUGGCCUUGCAGACAGAGUCGCGGCUAGGCGCUGUGGACACCCGACUGAGUGAUGCGAUAGCACUAGCAGCGGCAGCUGCAAAACAGAGCAACCAGGCGCAGUGGAGCUUUACCGCGCUUCUGAGAUGGUGUGCUGAGUCCCUGGUGUCUUUUGUCUUGAUACCAUACCACGUGGUUCUGUACCUCGUGAUGUGGCCGUUCAAGAUGGUGGCAGUGUUGCUGCUCCGCAAGAGCGCGGUGAGGAACGACGGCCGGUCGUCCGGCCCAGGACGGUCGGCACGGGGCUACGGUAAGGGCUCGAAACCCGGCUCCGGAUCGGAGAGGGACAGAUACAGAGAUCGAGUUCCAUCGAGACUGUCGAGGAGGUAUAGCCCUUGAGGUCACCGCCCUUCUGAGUUUCGCUUCAUUUCCUUUCUUCGAAAAGAACAACAGCACUUAUUUUGUUUCAUGGGGACCUUGAGAUAUGAUACCAAAGGAUACAGCACCUAUCGAAAGACCUAGGUAAACCUGUGUGCCCGGUGGUUGACGUGGUAAAGCACGGAGUCAACGGCAUGGAGAGCAAACUUCGCCUCAAUGGGGACGGGGUGCAAUGGAGAAAUGCAAGUUCAAAGCCAGUUUUUGUCUGCAAGGCGUCCGCUUUUCGUUCGACCCGGACUGGGUGAGCUUGAGGAAAAUAGGGUUAAUGCUUCGCGGCGUGCACAUUUCAUUCAGAGGGUGGCAUGCAGCUGCCAGCCUCCCACCUCCCUCAACUUGGCCCAAGCGCAUAAGUUAUGUUGGGCCACAUCAGUGGACGAUCAUCCCUCGCCCAAUUUCUUGUCUUCUGGAAUUAGUCGGGACACUGGCCAUGCGAAGCCGGGACGUGACCGGCAUCGAAGGUUAAAAGAAGACGUCGUGCGUGAGAACUGUCUCACAAAUGCAGGUGCCAACUCUACCACGCAUCUGAAAUCGACACUCACAUUCUCCAGUCCCAACCCUGUUUUAGUGGCGGUGAUGGUGUUGGUCACACUCUGUCGAAAGAGGUGCCGAUUUCCAAGUUUUGCUGUUGUUCGCGGGUACUUGCAGGCGGUGACGGUCCGUUUCCCAUCACGAUGUCGUGCAGGACUGGGCUUGGACCUGUCCUACGUCCGUAGGGACCAAGGCCAGCCUCUUCCGAGUCCACGUGUACGCGUGCCACUGCCGUCUCGAUCUUUGGCGACCUUGUUCGCUGUUCUCCAGUGCCUCUUUUCGACCCAACCGGCUAGUAAACGUGCAGAUGCUUUCCUAUACCCUGCCUCGCAAAGGGCGUGCAGGUUGAAGCUUUGUCCGGCGAAAGCAUGCCAUACACCGGAUGGUUCGGCCUGUCCGUGCGCUCGAUCACAUCCCCCCCCCCUCCCCCUCCACCGAAACUAAUAAGCACCACUAACGCGAGGAGGGAAGAUGAGGUCCAAUAUGCACAGUAUCUAGUGUACUGUGUUGUAUGCGGAUCGUUCAGAGUCUUGCGAUGAACUGCUACGCUUCCUGACAUGGCCCCUUCCAUCCCGUUUGUUCGUUCGUAUGAUAGUGUACGGUUCGUCCCAGGGCGCCGGGAGCCGAAUUGGGGCAUGAACGGGGCUACAUAGCAUCGUGCUCGCAAUUUCAUGCCCAAGGCUGUGCCAUGCCGUUUGUUCUUGCCUUGGAUUUUCCUAUGUAUGUGCUAGGCCGCCUUUGGCCUGCGCAGUCCGCGCCGGCCUGGAAGCAAUAUUGAAUGCGGGCU